AUGCAGAGAAACCUGAGUGAAAUCACAGAGUUCAUCCUUCUGGGGUUUGGUGAUCUCCCUCAUCUGCACAUCUUCCUGUUCCUUGUGUUUCUGGUGAUCUACAUUUUGACAAUUGUUUUCAAUAUCGUCAUGGUCUUUCUCAUAGUGACUGACCAUCACUUGCACACACCCAUGUACUUCUUCCUGGGGAAUUUGUCUUUUUUGGAAGCAGCCUACAGCUCAACCACCCUGCCCAGGAUGCUGACCAGUCUUCUGACAGGAGACAAAACCAUCUCUGUUAAAGGAUGUCACAUACAAUUUUUUGUUGUUUCUUUCCUGGUUGGCACAGAAUGCUAUCUGCUCUCUGUAAUGUCUUAUGACCGUUUCUUAGCCAUAUGCAAACCCCUCUAUUAUGCAACUCUUAUGAAUUGUAGGCUCUGUAUCCAGCUGGCCAGUUGCUCUUGGAUGAACAGCAUUGUGUUGGUCUCCAUAUGCUUGGUUUUGAUGUGGCAACUACGGUACUGUGGUUCCAAUGAGAUUGAUCAUUUCUUUUGUGAAUCUCUUUCAUUGGUUAAAAUCUCAUGCAGUGACACCAGCCUUGUGAAAUAUUUCAUUCUAAUCCUUGCUUUCGUUUUCAGUUUUCCUCCUUUUAUUUGGACCCUGAUCUCCUACAUAUAUAUUAUUGCUGCCAUUUUAAAAAUCCCAUCCACCACUGGGAAGCAGAAGGCCUUUUCCACCUGUUCUUCUCAUGUGAUUGUUGUUUCCCUGUUCUAUGGGGCAUUAAUCAUUGUAUAUGUGACACCAAAAACUGAAGCAAUGAGAGAGCUUAGCAAGGUAUUUUCUCUGUUGUAUACAGUCCUUCCCCCUUUGAUAAACCCCCUUGUAUAUAGCCUGAGAAACAAGGAUGUGAAGGAAUCUUUCAGUAAGGCCACUGGGAAGAUUUUGAAGGCCAUUUUGUGA